AUGUCUACCUCCGAUCUCUGCUCAUCGUCAGGUCUAGCUGAAGGAUAUUAUGACCUCGGAAAGUUUAGUCGCCCCAUAACCACCAAAAGCCAAGAUGCCCAGAUCUGGUUCGACCGUGGGCUGAUCUGGUCGUACUCGUUCAACCACGAUGAGGCAUACCGGUGUUUUGAAAAGGCCAUCCAGCAUGAUUCAAAGUGCGCGAUGGCUUACUGGGGUAUCGCCUAUGCUGUCGGUCCGAAUUACAACAAAUCGUGGCAAAUGUUCGAUGCUCGCGACCUCGACAAAAGCGUGAAGACCUGUUACAGUGCGGCGAAGACUGCAAAUCAACUAGCAGCUGCUGAGCGGUUGACAGCUAUAGAACGAGCUCUGAUUCACGCUAUUCAGUUUCGGUUCCCGAUUGACCACCCUGUUUCGGACUUUGCGGUUGUGAAUCAAGCAUACGCGGAUGCGAUGGAAGCCGUCUAUAAUGAACAUGGAAGGGAUGAUAUGGACGUGAUCACACUUUAUGCCGAUGCAUUGAUGCAUACUUCUCUCCGCAAAUUCUUUCAUGUGAAGAGCGGCCUGCCUAUCGAAGGAUCGCCCGUUCACAAGGUCAGAAAGGUGUUUGAUAUUGCUUUGAAACAUGAAAAAGCAGAGACGCAUCCUGGAAUUCUCCAUUUCUGGAUCCAUUUCAUGGAAAUGUCUUUCGAACCUGGCAUUGUUCUUCCGGCUGCAGACAAACUUCGAAGUUUGGUCCCCGAUGGCGGCCAUAUACACCAUAUGCCAACCCACAUCGAUGUUUUGGUUGGUGAUUAUCGGAGGUCAGUCGACUCUAACACGGCCGCAGUGAUUGCAGAUGAGAAAUAUCUGGCAAAAGAAGGAGGAAACAACUUUUACAGCUUCUACCGUUUGCAUAACUACCACUCCCUGAUAUACGCCGCCAUGCUAUCCGGACGACGUAAGGUGGCGCUAGAUGCAACCGAUAAGAUGGAGAUGUCGAUUACCGAUGACUUGUUGAAAGUUGAGACGCCCCCGCUGGCCGAUUGGAUGGAGUUCUUCAAAGCAGUGCGCGUGCAUGUGUAUAUCCGGUUCGGCAUGUGGGAGGAAAUCGAUAAUCUUCCUUUACCUGCCGACCAAGCUCUUUAUUGCGUAACAACGACAAUGUUCCACUAUGGCAAGGCAAUCGCUUGGGCCGCCACACAAGAUGUGGAAAAGGCAAUCCAAGAGCGGGAUCUUUAUUACAAGGCUGCCAAAACAGUGCCUCCGACGCGCAAGGAUUUCCCCAAUCUCAUAUCCGACGUUCUGAAGGUGGCCAAUACAAUGCUGGAUGGUGAGAUCGAGUAUCGUCAGGGUAAUUAUGCUCGUGCCUUCGAGAGCUUGCGCAAAGCUAUUAAGCAUGACGAUGCCCUUCGAUAUACCGAGCCAUGGGGCUGGAUGGUCCCCACGCGUCAUGCCUACGCCGCCCUGUCUCUGGAGCAGGGAAAGAUCGAAGAGGCGGCACGUGCCUAUGCAGAGGACCUUGGACUGGAUGGUUCCCUCACGCGUGCUCAUCAGCAUCCUUAUAAUGUUUGGGCUUUGCACGGGUAUCAUGAGUGUUUGAUGCGCCUUGGGAGAGACCGGGAGGCCGGCAUCAUCAAGCAACAGCUUGAUCUCGCAAUGUCGUUCGUCGAUAUACCCAUCAAAUCGUCCUGUUUUUGCCGACUGGGUAGUCCUUCGGUGGGAAAGUGCGUGUCGUGA